AUGAAGAAAGAAAAAUGGAGUAAAGAAGACGAACCUUGCGUAGUAACCACCUUCAGGAUCGUUACCAACAUCGUAAAACAAACCUCGGAAGUAAACAAAUAUGGAUCGAGGGGUGGUGGGAGGAAUGAGAUGGGCUUGCAUCUUCUGAGGAGGGGCAACCAUCCUUUAAGCAGACGUGAUUUCUCUGCCCGAAAGUUUGAACUAAGGUGGCACGUUGAAGCAGAGGCAGUAUACCUCUGUCAAUGGCUUUCUCUUCCUACAAACAAGGUUUGGAGCACUGUCAGUAACUACAAAACCACCGAAUGA